CUGCAUAGAUUGAUCUGUCCGUGUUCUUGCCUGUCUUGUCCGUCUUCCUGUUCGUCCUCGUCUCCCUCUCGCUCCUCAGGUAAGUCAGGAUGCAGCCGACUGCAACGCUUCCACUGCUGUUGUUGCUGCUUUUGGCUUCGCUCCCGGCUCUGUCACACGGCUGGGGAGUCGAUGGCCAUCUCAUGGUCUGCCAGAUCGCACAGGGCCGUCUGAGUGGCGCGGCCGCGGCGGCGGUGAAGGACCUGCUGCCUUCGUACGCCGGCAACAACCUGAGCAGCCUCUGCUCCUGGACCGACGACGUCAAGUUCAGGUACCCCUGGUCGUCGCCGCUCCACUACAUCGACAUCCCCGACGAUCUCUGCAGCUACAGCUACGAGAGAGACUGCAAGGAUGAGGAUGGCAUCAAGGACCGGUGCGUCGCGGGCGCCAUCAACAACUACACCUCUCAGCUCCUGACUUACGGAAAAUCUUCUUCUCCACAGUAUAACCUGACACAAGGACUCCUGUUCCUUUCACACUUCAUUGGAGACAUACACCAGCCACUUCAUGUGGGGUUUACCUCUGACAAAGGAGGGAACACCAUCGAUGUCCACUGGUAUACAAGGAAGACUGUUCUACACCAUGUUUGGGACACGAACAUCAUCCAGAGGGCUGAGGACAACUUCUACGGCGACGGUGUGGCCGAUUUUAUUGACACGCUGACGAAAAACAUAACGGGAGAAUGGUCGGAGCAAGUGCCUAGCUGGGAAGAAUGCGGCAAAAACCGAACUGCAUGCCCAGACAUAUAUGCAUCUGAGAGUAUCACUGCAGCAUGCGUCUGGGCGUACAAGGGUGUGAAGGAAGAUUCAACCCUAGAAGAUGCCUAUUUCUCGAGCAGACUGCCGGUCGUCAAUCUGAGGCUAGCGCAAGGCGGCGUUCGAUUAGCUGCCACUUUGAACAGGAUAUUCAGUUAACGAUGCAAUACGUUCUCUAU